CAAAAGGGAGAGAUGCUGAGGCGCGGAGGUUGAGAGAGCGGCAAUUUUUUUUUUUGCGUCUCUGUUUUUAUUUUUGGAGUUUUCGGUUCAUAAAAAGAAAAAUUAUUCAGAGAGGAAGAGUGGGUUUUCAAUUUAUAAAAAAUUUGUUGAGAGAGGGGAAGCGUGGGUUCUCUUUCUCUCUCUCUCUAAAAUCUGGAAAAUGGCGGACUCUUUCAUCUGCAACUCUUACCAGAUCUCGUCUUCCUCCCGCGCGUUCCCACCGUCUUCCUGAUUCCGUUUAAGCACGUGCUGGAGCGCUCGUGCCGACCUCGUUCCUAUGUGCUGCACGCGUGGAUGACCGGAGUUCGAAGAUGAAGCGGGGGUACAAGCUCCAAGAAUUCGUGGCGCAUAGCUCCAAUGUCAAUUGCUUGAAGAUCGGGAAGAAAUCUUCGAGGGUCGUCGUCACCGGCGGAGAGGAUCACAAGGUCAAUCUCUGGGCAAUUGGGAAGCCUAAUUCCAUCCUGAGUCUUUCUGGUCAUACAAGUCCAGUUGAAUCUGUAACAUUUGACUCUUCGGAGAUUUUGGUGGUUGCUGGAGCCUCAAGCGGCACAAUUAAGCUUUGGGAUUUGGAAGAGGCAAAAAUUGUCCGCACACUUACUGGCCAUCGAUCAAACUGCAUUUCUGUUGAUUUUCAUCCUUUUGGUGAGUUCUUUGCAUCUGGUUCAUUGGAUACCAAUUUGAAGAUAUGGGACAUUAGAAGAAAGGGGUGCAUUCACACAUACAAGGGGCACAGCAGAGGUGUUAAUGCAAUUAAGUUCACUCCCGAUGGACGUUGGGUUGUUUCUGGGGGUGAAGAUAAUGUUGUAAAGUUGUGGGAUCUGACUGCUGGGAAGCUCCUGCAUGACUUUAAAUGCCAUGAAGGAACAAUACAAUGCAUAGAUUUUCAUCCUCAUGAAUUUCUCCUCGCAACAGGGUCUGCUGAUAGGACAGUUAAGUUUUGGGACCUGGAGACUUUCGAACUUAUUGGAUCUGCAGGACCUGAGGCUACAGGUGUGCGCUCUAUGGUCUUCAACCCUGAUGGAAGGACACUUUUUUGUGGAUUGCAUGAGUCCUUAAAGGUGUUUUCAUGGGAGCCUGUCCGAUGCCAUGAUGCAGUUGACAUGGGAUGGUCCAGAUUGGCUGAUCUCAAUAUACAUGAGGGGAAACUUUUGGGCUGUUCAUUUAAUCAAAGUUGUGUUGGGGUCUGGGUUGCUGAUAUAUCGCGCAUAGCACCUUAUGCGGUUGGUGGGGUUUCUAAAAAUGGUCAUACAGAAUCCAAACCUAAUUCAAGGGAAAACCAACCUGUACAGCAGUUAGACUCUAGCACGAAGACCAAGUCAUCUUCUCCACCAUCAAAUCCUGAUGCAAAGGAGAUUAAAUCUAGUCAGUCAGCAAAUUCUGCUGAAACACUACCACGUACCCCACAGAGAGUAGGUCUAGCUAAUGUGUCAAAGGUUUCUUCUUCUAAUUCAACAGCAGCAUGCAAUUCGUCUACCUUGAAGAGAAAUGUCAUGCCAAAGAUUCAGUGUUUAGCCAGCAACCAAGUCUUAUCUAAGUCUGAUGUUGUACCUGUCAUCAUCCCUAGAAACCACCAAAAACCUGAACAACCAGUUGACUCUAAAACUGAAAGCGCACUUGUUGAAAGAACGGUCCAGGUGUCAAAGUCUCAUGUGCGGAAACCAUCAUAUAGCAGAGGAAAUGUAGAUGGUGAAUCUGUGUCAAUUGUUUCUGGAUCAUCUAUUUCCAAGGGUAGUGAUCUGAAUCAAGAACCAGUUAAGAAUUUCUUUCCUGGACUUGACACAAAAGAUGAUGGUGGACAUAGUGAAGGAAAUGCAACAAGUAUCAAGAAUGUUGACAUACUGCAAAAGGUGCCAAAGCUAGAACCUACAACUGGCAGCCAAGUGUUCUCUAGACCUGAUGUUCCACCUGUUGUUGCCACUAGAAACAGCCAAAAACUUGAACAACCACCUGAUUCCAAGACUGAAAGCACCCCUGCUGAAAGAACAGUUUCAGCAUCAAGAUCGUCUCAUGUUCGCAGACCAUCCUAUGCUAGAGGAAAUGUAGAUGGCGAAUCUGUUUCAGUUGUUUUGGGGUCAUCUAUUUCCAAAGGCAAUACCGUGAAUCGUGAACCAGAGAAGAAUUUUUUCCCUGGUCUUGAUACAAAAGAUGAUGCUGCAUAUGCUGGAGGAAAUGUAACGAACAUCAAGAAUGUUUCUGAAAAGUUUGAAAGAAGCAUGUCAAUUGGACAUACACUGAGCAGUCAGCCUGAUAACUGUGAUGAUAAAAUUCUCAGUGGACGCAGAGGGGCAAAUGAUAAAAUGCUUGAUGAGAGCAGUGGAUCAAAUGAUAAAAUGCUGGACAGAAGUAGGGGGAUAAAUGGUGAAAUGUUUGAUGGAAGCAAGGGGUCAAAUGAUAAAACGUUUGAUGGAAGCAGGGGGUCAAAUGAUAAAAUGUUUGAUGUGAACAAGGGGACAGAUAAGGUGCUUGCUAUAAGCAGGGGGACAGAAAAACGACAGUCAUCAGGAAGAACGCGAACUUUGGUGGAGAGCUGGGAGAAGAGGGAAAGGUCUCCAAGCAAUGACACACUAGGAAUGAGUGCUUCCUCUGAAUCACCUGAGAGUUCAUUUUCUGUUUCGAAGGGUCAGUUUCAGGCAGCUGACAGUGAAACAACUUCAUCUUCUGAUGAGGAUGAUUGUGACAGUGCAUUAAAAGAUCAUGGCAUUUUUUCGAGUGAGAUGCAAUCUCGUCUAACAAAAUUGCAGGUUGUACGGCGCUUCUGGGAUAGGAAUGACAUAAAAGGAGCAAUCUUUACCAUGGAGAAGAUGUCUGAUUACUCUGUGCAUGCAGAUGUAAUAAGUGUACUAAUGGAGAAAUUUGAUGCAGUUACACUGGACAUUUGUGCUUGCAUGUUACCGUUGCUUACUGGCUUACUUUGUAGCAAGUUUGACAGGCAUGUAAGUGUGUCAUUGGAUAUGCUUGUAAAACUUGUGAGAACCUUUGGGCCGGUAAUCCAUUCAACAGUAUCUGGACCAGCACUUGUCGGGGUUGAUCUGCAUGCAGAAGAACGGCUAGAGCGCUGUAACCAGUGUUUUGCUGAGCUGCAAAAGAUUAAGCAAUGUCUUACUUCUAUACUAAGGAAAGGUGGACUCAUGUCAAGGGCUGCCAAUGAAUUAAAUUUGGCAAUUCAGGAAGUAUAACAUGCUGAUCUUUGGAUAUUGUGGUAUAUGAUGAUCAAUUUUCAGACGCACUUGUUCCCCAAGAAAGCAAGGUUAUGCUGCAACGAUCCGUACAUGCAUCAAAUUUUUGUAAACCAGAUGACUUCUGCUUACUGGGGUGAACACCUCUAACGUGUCUCUCUAGGCCAGACCACGUCCUCUCGUGAGGGUUAGGAGGGUGAAACCAGAGACCUCCUUAUCCUCUCAGCAGGUUACAAAAUUUUGUUGUGGCACUGUUGAGUUUGGUCUUUUAGGAGUCAUACAUGAUGAGCCCUCAUCACUUGAUUUGUAUAAAUAUGAUAUAUAUCAAUCUUGUAUGUACUUCAAAUUUGAGUCAAUAGUGAAUGCAAAAUUCGGCGCUUUCCUUC